AGGCUUGUAUUGGUGGUUAACAGAUGACCGUUGUAAACAAGCUCCGGUGAAGCUCAGGCACUUUGAGGAACACUAAACCGUGAAAGCCAGGUGAAGAAUAAAAAAAGAGGAGAGCAAAAUAAGCUCCACGUUACAAAUGGUGAGGAGUAAAGCCUUGGCCCGCUGUGGCCUUGUUCUGCUCAGUUUGUGGCUGUGUAUCCAGUCAGUGCCUAUCAGUGUGGACAAGACCAAAGAAAAGGCUAAAGAGGAGGAACUGGGUCCACCCGAGAGUGCUGACACUGGGUUGCACUACGACCGCUACCUCAGGGAGGUCAUUGAGUAUCUUGAGAAGGACCCCCACUUUAGAGAAAAGCUCAAAAAUGCCAAUAUGGAUGACAUCAAGCAAGGCAAACUUUCCAAAGAGCUGAACUUUGUUCAGCACAAUUUUCGGACCAAGCUGGAUGAGCUAAAGAGGGAGGAGAUGAACAGGCUGCGAAUGCUCAUAAAAGCUAAACACGACAUCAAGGAAGGAAAUGGCCAAACAGUGGACCACCAGGCCCUGCUGAAACAGUUUGAGCACCUGAACCACAAGAAUCCACACACUUUCGAGGUGGAUGACCUGGACCGUCUCAUCAAAUCGGCGACUAAUGACCUGGAGAACUUUGACAAGGACCGCCAUGAUGAGUUCAAGCAAUACGAGAUGAUGAAAGAGCAUGAGCGACGGCAACGCCUGAAGAACUUGAAUGAGGAGGAUCGCAAGAAGGAAGAGGAACACUACGAGGAAAUGAAGAAGAAACACGCCAGCCACCCUAAAGUCAACCACCCUGGCAGUGAGGACCAGCUAAAAGAGGUGUGGCAGGAGGCAGAUGGUUUAGAUCCAGAAGAUUUUGAUCCAAAAACUUUCUUCAAAAUGCACGACAGCAACGGAGACGGCUUCUUUGAUGAGAGUGAGCUUGAAGCUCUCUUUACUAAAGAGCUGGAGAAGGUUUACAACCCAGAAAAUGAAGAGGAUGACAUGGUUGAGAUGGAGGAAGAGAGACUGCGAAUGAGAGAGCAUGUUAUGAACGAGGUGGACACCAAUAAAGACAGGCUUGUAUCACUGAGCGAAUUCAUGGCAGCCACAAAGAAGGAAGAGUUCUAUGAAAAAGACGAAUGGGAGACUUUAGAUCAGAACCCAUUGUACACCGAAGAGGAGCUGAGAGAGUUUGAACAACAACUGGCCAAUGAGGAGAAUGACAUCAACAAGAAGUCGGCUGAGCUGCAGAAAGAGAGAGAGGAACUUGAAAGAAAACAGGAAGAACUUGAUGCUCAGAAGCUGGGGCUGAAACAGGCAAUGGAAGAAAUGGAAAGGGUUAAAUCCCAAAGCUUAAAUGCUGAUGUAAAACAGCCUGCAGCUCCUCUAACUGCAGGUGAACAUGCACCAGUUGUACCAGGAAACAGUCAGCCACCUCCGCCUGGUCACCAGCAGCAAGAUGUACCCGUGCCUGGACAUUCUUAGCAGGCCUCACCACCCUGUGUGCGAUGUGAGUGAGCAUGCAAGUGUGCUUGUGUUUUCAUGAUUUCAAUUUUGGGUUAUUGUUUAGAAUUUUCAAAACACACAGCAACACAUAGGGGGGUGGAAAAGAUCUCUUAGUGCCAAUGAUGCCCUUCCUUCUGCUGGUUAAAUCAACUGAAUGAGCCAGCCUGGAAAUGUGGAGCUGCUCCAGUUUUCUAUGUGGACAAUCAACCCUUUUGUUUUUGUUUUUUUAAUCUUGUAUCACAAAAGGACUCUGUUCUCUAUUGGAAGUUCUUUGGGGUGAAAUGGGGAGGGCAGCUGGCCUGAUAACUGAAUGUUUAGUUUUGUUCACACUGUAGUUUCACUGCCACUUUUUCCUUAAGGAAAUCCUUUCAGAAUAUUAUUUAUUUUUAUGGUAAAUUGUGAAUUAUUUUGGAAAAAAUAAAUGCCAGAAAAGUAAGAUUAGAGCCGAAAUGAAGUUUUAUAGAAAAAGUGUUUCCUUCAAUGUCUUUUCAAGCUGUUGUGACCUCUGGAUCAGAUUAGUGCAGAAUAAGAGAUGAAGUUAAAUAUAUACAAUAUGUAUUUAAAUGUUAUAAUUUUUAAUAAUUGUGUUUGUGAUUGUGACAAUUGUAUGGAUUAUGAAGUGGUUGCCUGGAUGUCAGUGCUUAGGAGUGUCUGUGAAUUUGUGUUUAUUUAUUCUCGAACCACUGUAAAUGAAAUGAAUGCAGUAGGUUGAAAUUUGCCUUGUAAAAAUCUGAAUUAAACUCCAGAAGGAAGCACAAGGUAAAAAACAACAACUAAUUUUUUUUUCACUACAGACUAAUAGCAAAGAAAAGAUGGACACAAAAUACUUUGAAGAGUUGAAGUAAAAUACACUGGUUACUUUAUUUUCAAACAACAACCUCUCUCCAACCUGGUAUAUGUGCUGAACAGUUUAUGUUUAUGUGACUUGUUAAAAAAGUACUUAAAUGUCCAACUAAUGUCCUGUGAAAAAAAAUCAUGAAAAUGAUGUACAAGGUUUGAAUGUCUAAAAUUAAGGUGAAUGAGCUUGCA